AUGGCCCGGCAGGGACAUGAUCCACCCGAGCUUGAUCGCUUCAUCCAGCAAGAUGAAGUAUUUAGCCUGGGCACCCCGUUCAGCUUGCAGGAUCAGUUCAAUCUGGACAGCGACUUCAACCUCGAUGAAGAGUUGUCCAAUCAGAACAAUCAAGUGCUCGGCGUGAACAAUGACGCUGAAGAUCCUGAGCAAGGUGACUUUGAUUACCCGACCGAUGACUGGCCUGAGUCGGCCGAUGAAGGGCUCAACCCAUACCUUUAUGGGUAUCACCCGGAUGAUGAAGGGUACAAUCCAGAAGAUGCACUGUCCAACUUCGAUGAAGAGUUCAACCUGAACGAUCAAGUGUUCAACCAAGACAUUGAAGCAUUCAACCAAGAACUUGAAGUCUCCAACCCAGACAAUGAAAUCUCCAACCUAGACGAUGAAAAGUCUGACCUCGAUGAAGCAUUUGCUGAAGAGCCAUUUUCCAUCCGUCAAUCACUCCAAGCUGUUCUGACAGCCUACAAUGCUCGAGUCAGCACUGAAAUCCGGGCUAACCCGCCACCCUGGAGCAGCAUGUAUAAUUUUGAGCCCCCAUGGCGUCGCCUGCGGCCACCGUCCCCUGACCGAGUGGCCGAGUUCCUGGAAAAUCUUGAUCUGGAUGAUCCGAAUCUGGCCAAUCUGAAAUUGCCUGGUGAAAAUGAUGUUGUUUACCCAGACCCGGCUGAAGAAGAAGAUUCCGCUGAAGAUGAGGAUGAAGUCACUACUGAGUUGGUGACUCCCGACCAGGGACUUCAAGCAUGGCUCGUCCGACAGCAGCUCAUCGCCGGUGUCCAAAUUAGCGACCUUCAGCCCAUGAGAGGCCCUGGUUCCCAGCAGAAGCAGGUGACUCCCCAGGGCAUUCUCACGCGGCAGCGCAUCCCCUCUCUGAUGUCGGUUUCUCGGUAUGGAGUUUUCCCCUAUGCCAUUCAGCCGGCCAGCUUCAACGGCUACAUUGCUCCUCUUCCUCGUCGACGCAUCGACGAUGAACUGCAGGACGAGUAUAAAGCUCACCCACAACCGAUUUUGAAUAGCGACUGCAUUGCUCCACCUAUUCCCCUCAAUGUCCAACGCCUUCUCCCCACCUGCGGCUGGCUUCCUCCUCCCAACACUCCCCAUCCUGAGUAUCUCCGUUCGCCGCGUCCGAGCCUGGAGGAAUCUCAUCAGGAGCUCUGCUCGCUGCUUGAUGAAUUGGAGCGCUUGCAUGGGGCUCCUCUAUUGCGUCCUUCCCCACCGACCUAUCUGGAAACCUUGCUUUCAAGGCUGCGAAGCCCUGAUGAUCCCGACUCGGAGGAGGAGCAGGAGAUGCAAGAUCCCUCUGUUCAGGUUUCGAAUGAGGACCCGCAAAACUUUUACACGCAAGUCUCGAAUGAGUCGCCAAAAAGUCCCUACAAUCACGUUUACGAUGAAUCGGGGGAUAUGCCUCUUCAGAUGACUUAUGUUGAGGAUGCAGACGAUUCUCCAGAUUUCGAUUUCGAGUACGAGAUAGACAGUGAUGAUCAGGCGUUUGGUCUCGAUGGAUCCUGCGAUUCGUCUCCUGUGACUCCUCGGGCGAAGGAAAACCUCACGGGGAAUACCCAGCACUCUUCCAUUCCCAAUACCCCGAAAUCUACUGUGCCGGCGCCUCAUAAGAGUCAUGGGUCACUUUUCAUUCACAGUGGAAACAAAGGUUCUAAGAAUGAAGACACCAUUACGACCCAGGGUCAUGAAACCCUUCCCAUCUCCACCGCAGACAAUGGAUCUCAGAAUGAGGCUAUCGCCGCAAAGAUGGCGCUUUCCACCUGUAGGAAACAGGAUGACAAUCAACAGGGCACAUCGGUGAUCUCGGAACCUCCCAAUGAUCCACAAGAAGGACAAAUCCAUCAAAUGAGUGAAAACCCGGAACGGUCGCCAUGCACUCGGGUUGGGGAAUCUUCUGUGACACUGACCAUCCAUACCUUUUCGACGCCGGCGAAUCAUGCUCUGCAACCAUCGAAAGGAGCUCCCAUCAAACAGCCUCCAGCAUCGGGUCUUCAUGACCUAUCAGCUUCUGAUCAGAUUGAAGCUAGACAGCUGCUAGUGGCUCUUCCCCCUACACCCGAGGUGACCGCUGUUCAGCAGGAAGUUUCAGCACUGGAUCAAGGCUCGUCUGUUGGGUCUUCUGAACCAAGAUCAUGCAAAUACUCCACAUCGAAGCCUGAGAGAUCUGAUGUAUUGGAACGGUUUCUUGCAUCAUUGCCCGAACCCCAGACAGUUCUACCUGUUGAAGAUCUUCCUCGUCGGGACUCUCAGCCUGUCAAAAAGGAAAUUGAUCCAUUUCUCACCCCUCAGCCAGAGUCUUUGACCACCGAGGAGAUGGAGAUUGAGAGGCUACGAUUUUUGAGUCUUUCUCCCUGCUAUCAUCUUUCUCUGAGGGCGGCCGCGCGGAAGAACUCAAAAGCAAAGUUCAGCCUGGGCAAAGCUCUGGAAAGCCAGCCGGAUCUGAUGUUUGAGAUCAUUGAUAUUCUUUUAAUUGAUGUCAAUGCGACCAUCGAAUCUCUUGCAAAUGUCAACAAAGCAUAUCGCGUGUUGGUCUUCAAACACAUGAGCACUGCAGCCAAGCGCACUGAGAGUGCAUUUUCUCCGGUUACACGAGCGUUCCCCUACAUGUGGAACCAGUGCAUGAGCUGGACUUUGCUCACUGGCUUUGGGACAAGCUCAGAUCUCCACGGUGUGAAGUUGCACACGUUCUACGUGCCAAGACCUGUGUGGAUCAAGAGAAUCCACAAGCACUCAAAGACGGCCAUUGGCAUUUUCAAGCUGAUCAGCACACCGGAUUUCCCGUGGCCCCAGAGGACAGUGCAGGUGAUUCUGAAGAUGGGGACUCUCAUGCAGUACCCGGACAAUCCUAUGCGGCUGUGGAUGGUCCGCCACAAAGACCUGUGGCCCGACAAGGACAUCCGCCUGGCGUGCGACUUCAUGGGAUACGUCGCGGAGAUCUUCGGGGACAUGCACCCCAGCUACGAUGAGGGGCUUCUGCUUCGGCUUGUGCUGGCCACCCGCAGCAUGGCUUCACUGAAGAAGUUCCUGUGCGGUGAAGGGCCCAAGACCCACCAGGAAGUACUGUCGCUUAUGGCAUACUACCAGGGUGGUGAGGGUGAUGACCAGUCGGAUCAGUCCGCUCAUGGGAUUGAUUCGAAGUGGGUGGGAUAUCUCCGGGAGGAGAAGCGGAUCAGCUGCCGCCCGUGGCCAUUCGAGGACCUCCGUGUUGCGCUGGCUGCGGCGAUUGGUGACGUUGGUUCCCAUUGA